AUGCUCUUCACGCCUUUUUGCUCUCAUAUUGUUCAUUACGACCCCCAAAGGGGAUUCCUCGUGCCUAAAUUUUCCACGUAUGAUGGGUCCAGCGACCCCUUCGACCGCAUCAUGCAUUAUCGACAACUCAUGACUCUCGAUAUAGGAAACGACGCUCUGCUAUGCAAAGUAUUCCCUGCCAGCCUACAAGGGCAGACCCUCUCAUGGUUUCACCGCCUACCUCCCAACUCUAUUGAUAAUUUCAGAGACCUGUCGGAAGCUUUCGUGGGACAAUACUUAUGCUCUGCUCGGCACAAACAGAACAUCAGCACUCUACAAAACAUAAAAAUACAGGAGAAUGAGUCUUUAAGAGAGUUCGUGAAGCGGUUUGGUCAAGCCGUGUUACAAGUAGAAGCUUCCAGCAUGGAUGCUAUCCUUCAGAUCUUCAAGCGAAGCAUUUGUCCGGGCACCCCAUUCUUCGAAUCGCUCGCUAAGAAGCCUCCUACGACAAUAGACGACCUGUUCCGGCGCGCAAACAAAUACUCAAUGCUGGAAGACGACGUGCGCGCAGCCACCCAACAAAUCUUGGUUGUCGGCCAGGCAUCCAGAAGUGGUGCGGAAAGAAAUUCCAAAAUUCCGGACCGGCCAUGUCCGUCCGGUCGAAGGUGGCCCGGACCCCUCAGAGCGGACCCAUCCAAAAGGGAUCAUAGAAAGAAAUGUGCCUACCAUAAGGAGCAUGGUCACACAAUAGAGACGUGCAGGAGCCUCCAUUACUUGGUCGAAAAGCUCAUAAGGGCGGGACAUUUGAAGCAGUACCUCCGCUCAGAUGCUAGAGCUAGGGACAUUUCCCGAAAUCACAACUCAGGGACCUCCAGGAUCCCAACCGCCCCAAAAGCCGUUAUAAACUAUAUCCACGGAGGACCAUUGGAUGAGGAAUACGUCUCCAAACGAAAGAGACAGAGGCUGUUGCGGGCAGCAUUGGUGCGGGAGCGCGUCAACUCCAUACAGCCUGGGAUGACUGGUGGGGGCCCCCAGCCCAUAGACGGGACAAUCAUUUUCCCCCCAGUAGACCCCACACGGAUAUUACAACCGCACCGCGAUGCCCUCAUACUGUCCCUGGGGAUAGGAGACUUCGACGUGAGACGCAUCCUAGUUGACCCGGGCAGCUCGUCUGAUCUUUUACAAGCGUCGGUAAUUAGCCACAUGGGACGUGAUCUAACAGGCCUAGUAAACCCUAGGCGAAUCUUGUCCGGAUUCAACGGAGCAACGACUACCUCAUUGGGAGAUAUUAUACUGCCGGUCCAAGCUGGCCCAGUCACUCUCAACGUACAAUUUUUGGUGGUACAAGAUUUAUCACCCUUCAAUGUCAUCUUGGGACGCACAUGGCUACACUACAUAAAAGUCAUCCCCUCUACGUAUCAUCAAAUGGUGAGCUUUCUCACUGAAGAUGGGCAAAUCGACCUAUACGACAACCAGUUAGUCGCUCGCCAAUGCUACCAGAUAGCGAGAAAAGUAGGAACCAGUCAGGAGGAUAAACCCCUCCUUGAGUCCACCCAUGCACUGGACCAAUAA